AUGACGGUAGAGUACUUUGAAGACCGUGAGGCGUACCACAAAAUAAUAGCUCAGCUGAGUGAGGCACUCACCUUUGUGGAAUUCUCUGCAACCUGGUGUCCACCAUGCCGGGCAGUGGCUCCAUACUACGACAAGUUUUCCGAAGAGUAUCCCAAGGCCCGUUUCUACAAAAUUCAAGGCACGGACGAGGAGGACGAGGAGAAGGACAAGGUCAAUAAGGAGGCCAAUGUGUACUCAAUUCCUACAUUUGUUUCCUUCAGAAACACGAAGGAGCUCAACAGAAUCUCAACUGGAAAUGCCCACGUCCUCCAGGAAUACAUUGAGAAAAACUACAAGGCGUUUGCGUGA